CUUAUCAGUAGGGAUUUUGAGGGGAUAGAUUUUCUGCAUCAGCAAUGGCAAACUCUGUUCACAUGGGUGAAAAUUCUCUCGUUUUAUAAGAGGUUUAGUUGAUAUUCACAUUGAGCUAAACUUGAUAAUUAAAGUUUUCUCUGGGAAGUGGGACAUGUUUGAGUAAUGGCAUCACAUUAUGCCUCAGCCCAUGAAAGCAUAUACAGAGAUCUCUACCAACCAGCUGUUAUCAUUGGAGCCUGCUUUGCAGCUGUGGCGCUGUUCCUCUCCAUUUUUCUCAUCUUUCAACAUCUCAGAUUAUACACCGAACCCACUGAACAAAAAUGGGUGGUUGCUGUAGUUUUCAUGGUACCCGUCUAUGCUACUGAGUCAAUUUUAUCCUUGUGGAAUCCAAAAUUUUCUCUUGCAUGUGACAUUCUAAGAAAUUGUUAUGAAGCAUUUGCCCUGUAUUCUUUUGGAAGCUACUUGGUUGCUUGUCUGGGAGGUGAAAGAAGAGUUGUAGAGCUACUUGAAAAUCAAUCGGGAAAACUGCUCAACAAACCAUUGAUAGAAGGAACAGAUGAGAAUCGCACCGAACCACAUUGGUCUCUUCGUAAUUUCUUCUUACGACCAUGUAUUCUUGGGAAACAUUUGCUCAAUAUAGAAAAAUUUGGUCUUGUACAAUAUAUGAUUCUGAAGACAGUUUGUGCAUUCUUAGCAUUGGUGUUGGAGAUCUUUGGCGUUUAUGGAGAUGGGAAAUUCAAGUGGUAUUAUGGUUAUCCAUACAUGGCUGUAGUAUUGAACUUCAGCCAGAUGUGGGCAUUGUAUUGCCUUGUGCAGUUCUAUAAUGUAACUCAUGAAAGGCUUCAACCAAUAAGACCACUUGCAAAGUUCAUCAGCUUUAAGGCUAUUGUUUUUGCCACUUGGUGGCAAGGUGUGGGCAUCGCGCUAUUGUGCGCGUUUGGUGUUCUUCCCAAGGAGGAGAGACUACAAACAGGCUUGCAGGAUUUCUUGAUAUGUAUCGAAAUGGCAAUUGCAGCUGUUGCACAUAUUUUUGUGUUUUCAACAGCACCAUACCAUUACAUUUCGGCUUAUGAGUAUGGGAAGGUCACCACAGAAACAACCAAGACUAAACUGAAGUUGGAGGAAAGUGACACCCCGGCUGUGUUCGAAAGAAAAGAAACUCAGGUCAAAGCUCCCGGAACAAGUGUCACCGAGAGCGUUCAGGACAUUGUUGUUGACGGUGGUCAGAGUGUGGUCAAGGAUGUUGUCUUGACCAUAAAUCAAGCAAUAGGGCCUGUGGAAAAGGGUGUGGAAAAGGGUGUGACAAAGAUCCAUGAGACAUUCCACCAAAGAACAGAGGGCUCAGAAUCAGGAGACCAAGAAGUUGAUGAACAAGUUGAAAUGAAUCUUACCAGAGAAACUCAUAUGGAUCCUUAAGAAAACACAGUACUCUUUCUGCUUGAAUUGAAGGAAAAUGUACACUUACAUUAAUCUUGUGUUGCAAAUAAUGAUUUAAGUAAGAGAAACCAA